UCAUGAUUUAUUUAAAGGCCGAGCCGAGUGUUUCCCCCUGCUCCAUUCAUUCCAAUUUCCUCCUCAAUCAGGAAAAACAAAUCCAUACUAAAUUUAGACCAAACCAUACAAAAAAGCCGAUUCGAUCUUACGAGUUUUCCAUUCAAAACGCCAUUUCAGGAAACAGAAUUUACAAAUGGCGAUUUCGGUUUCUCGGACGGGAAGGAAUUUGCAGCGCUACAACAAAGGUCACCGCCUCGUCGUAGGAUGCGUGCCUUACAGAUUCUCAAGAAAGGGAGGUGAGGUGGAGGUCCUGAUGAUAAGUUCACUGAAGAAAGGCCGAGAAGCAAUGAUGUUUCCAAAGGGAGGUUGGGAGUUAGAUGAAUCUAUUGAAGAAGCAGCUUCUCGUGAAUCUUUUGAAGAAGCCGGAGUUGUUGGCCUUCUUGAGCGAGAGUUGGGGAAAUGGAGCUUCAUGAGCAAGAGCCGGGCUAUCUAUCACGAAGGCUACAUGUUUCCUUUGCUGGUCACACAACAACUUGAUCUCUGGCCAGAGAAGAAUCUUCGAACAAGAGCCUGGAUGUGCGUUGAUGACGCUAGAGAAGUUUGCCAACAGAUUUGGAUGAAAGAAGCAUUGGAUAUGUUAGUUGACAGACUCAAAUGUGAUGAUAGUCUUAGUAGGGAGGCACCGCCAAGGAUUAGUUCUGUUCUGUAAAGCUCUCUAUAGUAGAUAGGCCAAAAUAGAAGCAAUGUUUACUAGUUUAUUUGUGUGUGUUAUAUUUCUGUUUCUGUUUUUACUUCUUUCGUUAAUAACUGAAUUUCUUGUGGAAUUAUACUCCGUAGUUUUUUUGUACAUAUGACAGCUCUAUAUACGAUGUUUUUAAUACAACUGAAAUUUUCUGAUUUGUCCAAUUUAGUAUGGUUAAUUUAAGUAUGUACUUUAAAAUUGUCA